GCCAAGAUGUCGGCAGCGGUGCCGGAGCUGAAGCAGAUUAGCCGGGUGGAGGCAAUGCGCCUGGGGCCGGGCUGGAGCCACUCUUGCCACGCGAUGCUGUAUGCCGCCAACCCCGGGCAGCUUUUCGGCCGCAUCCCCAUGCGCUUCUCGGUGCUGAUGCAGAUGCGCUUUGACGGGCUGCUGGGCUUCCCCGGCGGCUUCGUGGACCGGCGCUUCUGGUCACUGGAGGAUGGACUGAACCGGGUGCUGGAUCUGGGCCUGGGCUGCCUGCGCCUCACCGAGGCUGACUAUCUGAGUUCACACCUCACCGAGGGGCCGCACCGCGUCGUGGCGCACCUGUAUGCACGGCAGCUAACGCUGGAGCAGCUGCACGCUGUGGAGAUAAGCGCUGUGCACUCGCGGGACCACGGCCUGGAGGUGGGGCCGCUGCCUGGGCCCCGCCCCCCACCCCGGGGUUUGGCUCUGGCCCUGCAACGAUGGGUGCUGGGGCUUGUGCGAGUCCCACUGUAUACCCAGAAGGAUCGAGUUGGUGGCUUUCCCAACUUCCUGAGCAAUGCCUUCAUCAGCACAGCUAAGUACCAGCUCCUCUUCGCCCUCAAGGUGCUCAAUAUGAUGCCUGAGGAGAAGCUGGCUGAAGCUGUUGCUGCAGCCACUGAGAAGCAGAAGAAAGCUCUGGAGAAGCUGCUCCCAUCUUCCUCCUGAGGUUGCUCCUGUACCAUGUGUCUUCACCCUUUCCCGGCUCUGUGCCCAUGGCUGAGACUGGGCCCUGAAAUCCUGUAGGAGUGUGUCUUCUAAUGUUUCUGUGUGUGUAACCCUUGCUUACUGCGUGGGGCAAGUGGGCAUCUCAUCAUCUCCACUGUCUUGAGCAGUGACAGGGCCUGCUGUGACCUCAGGUUGGUCAGUGGGUGGCCUGGGGGUGCUGGACCUGGCUGUCUAGGCUCAGGACAUUCUCACCCACCUUGAGGCUUAAACCUGUCUCUUUUAGAGUCUCUCGGGCUGGUGGUGGCCCAGUUACCACCCGAUUUCCCAAGUGGGUAGGUGCACACACACAGACCAGUGAGAAGUCGGUUCUCAUGGAGGAUGCCUUUCUCAGUGGACUCACUCCUUUUACUGCCCUCUGUGCUAGUCCAGGACCUAGAGAAGAGCCAGCUUGGGUAAGAUGUUGUACAGUUAAUUUUGACUGUUCACUUUACUUGGUUAGAUUUCCUUUUCUGUGUUGUGUGAACUAUGGGUGAGGCUUCAAAACCACUUGACCCCACUGGGACUUGGUUCCCAAAGACAGGAUCGUAGGCCCAGCUGUAAAUGGAGUUACUGAAGGGCAGUGAAGUGGCUCCUCUGCUGUUCUGUCCUUUGGUCUUGACUGCAGGCCCAAGGCCAGGUGCAGGAGGAUGUCUCCUUCCUUUCCCCACUACCUGGAGACUUAAGGACAGAGCCAGGUCCAAGAGCACUGGGCACCACUCAGAGUCAAGCUGCCACUGGCCCCCUACCUCAGGGCGUGGGGGUGGGUGUUGCUGUCUACCUCCCUGCUUAAGUGCGGAACUAUCAGCCAUGGAUCUCUCUGGGCUAUGAACUUGAUCUGGGGCUUCUUUGCUGAGACUGUCCACAAGAUGCUCCUUUUCUGAUCCUGGUGGCUUUGGCUAUACCUGGGUUGAGCCUGCUGUUCUUUACUGUGCUUUGAAAGCCUCCUUUUCUCCACUCCCAAUGUGGUCUGCAGGCAGCUCCUGGGGAUGGUUUGGAAAUACCCUCUGAAUGACAACAGCAGAGCCAUCACAGGCGAGGUCACCACUAGAGGUCUCCUAGGGGCCUAUGUCUGGCAAAACUUAGCAAAGCUAUGGGACAAUUUCUACAGUGCCUGCCCAGCCUGCUAAGGAAAGUGGUGCUCCCAGCCCAGCCUGGGUAUCUGUUCUAUCUUAGAGCCUUGAUGAAGCAGCCACUGUGGGCAAAGGUACUUCACUCUGUAAAUAAAACACUUGUAUCUUG